AUAGUGCACUACUUUAGACCAGAACCCUAUUCCCUAUAUAGUGCACUACUUUAGACCAGAACCCUAUUCCCUAUAUAUAGUGCACUACUUUAGACCAGAACCCUAUUCCCUAUAUAUAGUGCACUACUUUAGACCAGAACCCUAUUCCCUAUAUAUAGUGCACUACUUUAGACCAGAACCCUAUUCCCUAUAUAGUGCACUACUUUAGACCAGAACCCUAUUCCCUAUAUAGUGCACUACUUUAGACCAGGGCCUAUGGGCAAUAGGGCUCCAUUCAGGGCUCAUCCUUAGACAGUCAGGUCACAACAGAUUGUCUGUCUGUUAAAACCACUCCCCUUUACCUCAUUUCUAUUGGACAGAGAAUUUGUAACUUGAUAUCUAAUAGAACUUCCUGUUUCUGUGUGUUUCCUGCAGUGACAUGGAGAAGCAGAAAUGUUCCCUGCUGGAUGCUCUGUGUAGGAAGGGCUGUGCCCUGGCUGACCUGGUCCUGCUGCCUGCUCCACCCCAGGACGGGGCUGGGGGGGCUGGGGAGGCUGGGGGGGCCGGAGAGGCCGGGGGGGCCGGAGAGGCCGGAGACGGGGCAGAGACAGGGGCCGAAGAGGAGGAGGUGACCAGCUCUGACGACGCCCAACAGGGCAGGGCCAAAGCCUUGACAGACACCUUCUGGGAGCUGCAGAAGUGGGUGGAGCUAACGGACUCUAAGGUGUUGACGUUCUCCUACAAACAUGCACUAGUCAAUAAGAUGUACGGCAGAGCCCUGAAGUUUGCCUCCAAGAUCGUAGAAGAUAAACCCAGUAGAGAGAACUUGAAGAACUGCAUUCAGGUAAUGCGGUCCUUGGGCUGGAUGCACUGUGCCACUUUCACAGAGAACUGGCUGCCCAUCAUGUACACCACCGACUACACUCCCAGUCAUAGACACUCUACAUUAUCCCUGAUCGCUGGCUACGUCCCUUCUACAGACAUUAAGAACUGUUAUCUCUACCCCUUCUGA